AGACGUUCCAAACAAAUGAGUGGCUUAGAUGUCGUACACGUAUGGCAGGUUGACUUGUGUUCGGCGACUACUUCUUCUAUCUCUCUCCCCUCGCGCGAAUCGUCACCGCAUCUCUCGCGGGAAAGACCGUCGCCGUCUGUUAUGCGACAGACUCGAUUUUCUCGAACAAAUCCAAAAUUCGGAGAUCCACACGCAGUUCAAUUCGAAAUUCAUAUUUUAAAUUCGUUGGGACGUCAUCACGAUUUUGAAUUUCUGGAAGAGUCUCUGAGUAUGGAAGCAACGAAUGGAAAUUCUAGCAACUUGCCUCCGCCUUUUCUCAGCAAGUGCUACGACAUGGUCGACGAUCAGGCCACUGAUCCAACGGUUUCUUGGAGUGUAGCGGGUGACAGCUUCGUCGUGUGGGAUCAGUCGGAUUUCUCACGUGACCUGCUGCCUAAGUACUUCAAGCACAACAACUUCUCGAGCUUCGUGCGGCAGCUCAAUACAUAUGGUUUCAGGAAGGUCGACUCAGAUCGCUGGGAGUUUGCAAAUGAGGGAUUUUGUAGGGGUCAAAAGCAUCUGCUGAAGAGUAUUAGCAGAAGGAAACCUAUUCAAGGCCCUAUUCAACAAAGACAAUCUCAAGAAAAAAACACAUCUGCUGGACCAUGUGUUGAGAUUGCAAGGUUCGGCUUUGAGGAGGCAAUUGAGAACCUCAAGAGGGACAGGAACAUGGUCAUGCAGGAGUUGGUGAAACUCAGGCAGCAUCAGCAAAGCACCGACAAUCAGUUGCUGGAUUUGAGACGGCGCCUUCAAGGAAUGGAACAACACCAGCAACAAAUGCUCUCGUUUUUCGUGAUGGCCAUGCAGAGGCCAGGGUUUUUUGCACAGUUGCUGCAGCAGAGCGAAAACAGCUGGCGCAUAGUCGAAGCAAGCAAGAAAAGACGGCUCCCUGCACUGGAACAUGGCAUAGAGGAUGAAAAUGCCGCUUCCAAUGGGCAGAUAGUGACAUACCAGCCUCCCACAAUUGAAAACGCAAAGCCACUGCUCAUGCCGAUGUCAGAUACCAUGGACGUAGCUCCAUGGUUGGAUUCUUUUUCAACUGGGGUAAAUGAGUUUUUUGAAAAUGUUGAUUGGACAUCGCUUGGAAUCAACACAUCAUUGCCAAUGGAAGUAGCAUUGCCUUCUUUGGAAACUGAUGGAGAAUUUAUCUUUCCGGAAAUAUCUAAUGAUGAGUUGGAGCAGCUUCUUUUGGCUACUUCAGGUUCAGAGAAUGAUGAAGAAAACAAGUCAAAUACCCUGGAGUCAAUGCAGUUUGAAUUGAUGGAGCAUGAGACUCAGUCAGAAACAACACCUCAGAAUUUGGAUGUUCUUACCGAGCAGAUGGGACUUCUAGCAUCUGAAAUGAAUGAGGAAGGUCGAUUGAUGCCAAACGAUAAAGAGUUCCAUGGAGUCUGAUUAGCAUUUUUUUGGCUUUCUUUCCCCUGCUGUAUAGAAUGUUUCACAAGGGAGUGCAAAUCUGCUGACUUCAUCUAUAUCACUCAGCUUGACAUGGAUCUGCUUGCUGCACACCUUUUUAACUACUCUUAGAACGGUACACGUACAAAUGGUAAUCGGGAGGCAUGACAUGCUAGUCUAUCUUUUUGUAAUGCUGAUACAAUAAUAGAUGGGUAAGUUGUUUACUGCCACUUAAGCAGUAGUCUCUGGGUUCCAAUUUUUACAAGCUUCUGUCUAUAUUGACGCAUGCACUGCUUUUCCUUUAAAAGGGAGUUCUUAAAUACCAAAUGCAUGCAAGUGCCAAUUCAUUGCACUUUGCAAGAAAGAUAAUCUUUUUUUUU